AGGUUCAGAUUAGACCAGCUGAGGUGGGGAUAACUAAUGUUGGGAGGCCGUGUGCCUUGGGAGCUCUCUCUUUCCCCAGGGACAGCCACAAGGGUAGCCAAAAGUGCCAAACCUCAAGAGGAACAGAAAUGGAGCUGGAGGGUGAGUUUUAAGCCCUAAAAGGGUGGUGGAAACCUGUCAGAAGUACAUGGUGAUGAAUGCUAUUGAGGUUUAAUUUCACAAAGCUGAGGAGUUGAUGGAAAGGAACAGUGGCAAUUGUGUGAGAGAAUGCAGAAGGGCUCUGAUCACAUCUGUCUGAGGCGUUAGGAAGGAAGCCGAGGAGAAGAGAAAUGAGCUGAGUGGAGACGAGGAGUCAGGCUGUCUGCCCAGAGCAGAGGGCAAGGAGGUGGCUGGGAAGUCAGAGGGGCCCGGAGCAUUUGCCCGGUAGCACCAGGUCCCGACAGAGCUGCAGAGCCCGAGAGACCUUCGGGGCCAGAAGAACUCCUUGCUCCUAGCAUCCUUCUGCCACCCCUGGCGCUGGGAUCUCUGAAGCAUGGAGGAGCAGCUGUACUGGGAGGCCUAUGGCGACAACCAGACAAGUGACUGUGAUUACGAGGAGUGGAGCCCGUCCCUGGUGCUCAUCCCCACCAUCUACCUGCUGGUUUUCCUGCUGGGUACCACUGGCAACGGCUUGGUGCUGUGGACCAUCUUCCGAGGAGGGCAAGAGAAGCGGUGUUUGUCCGACACCUUCAUCGCCAACCUCGCCAUGGCUAACCUGACCUUCGUCGUCACCCUGCCUCUUUGGGCUGCCUACACCUGGCUGGGCUACCACUGGCCCUUCGGGUCCUUCGCUUGUAAGCUCAGCAGUUACCUGGUCUUCGUCAACAUGUACGCCAGCGUCUUCUGCCUGAUGGGCCUCAGCAUUGACCGCUACUUGGCCAUCGUGCGGCCCAUGGCUAAUGCCAAGAUGAGGUGGAGGGCCAGCGGGCUGGUGGCCACCGUUGCCCUGUGGGCCUUGGCGGCCAUUUUGGCUUUGCCAGCCAUGAUCCUCCGGCGAGCAUCGGUGCUACCCGGGGAAACCAAGGUGACGUGCUACAUGGACUACUCAGGCAUGGUGGCCAACGGGACCGAGGGGGCCUGGGAAGUGGGGCUGGGCCUGUCUUCCACCAUGCUGGGCUUCGUGGUCCCCUUUGUCGUCAUGCUGACCUGCUACUUCUUCAUCGCCCGCACCAUCGCUGACCACUUCCGGAAGGAGCACGGCGAGGAGAUGAGGAAGAGGAAACGGCUGCUGAGCGUCAUCAUCGUGCUGGUGGCCACUUUUGCCCUCUGUUGGCUGCCCUUCCACCUGGGGCAGACCAUCUAUGUGCUGAUGGACAUGGACAUGAUGCCCUGGUCCUGUGGUUUCCACGCCUUCCUCAAUAACUUGCACCCCUACUGCACCUGCGUGGCCUACAUCAACAGCUGCCUCAACCCCUUCCUCUACGCCUUCUUUGACCCCCGCUUCCGGCAGGCCUGUACCGCUGUCCUGUGCUGCAGCCGGGGGCGCUGGCCGGGGUCCAGCAAGGACAGGUCAGCCAGCGACUCCUCCGGCCACAGCCAGGACCUACAGGGGAAGGGUGUGGAACUGCAGCAGGUGAAACUGGGUCCAGGCAGGCAGGAAAAACUGCUUCAAGGCUAAGAGAAGUGGGAGGGCACAGACCCAUCCACAGGGACAUUGUCUGCUGCCCCCUGUCUUCCAUUCCUUCUCUCGCGCCUUCUUUUUUCUUUUCUCUCCGCCACUGCUUCCCUCGUUCAUCCUUUGUCCUCUUCCAUGUCUCCUUCUUUUCCUUCAGCUUUCUUAGAUUCACUCCUCCCUUUGUGCAGCCCUUGUGAGGAGAAGGCAUCCCAAGGUCUGUGGCUAAGCUGUGGAACUUCAUUUCUAGCCUUUGGCAUGGCAAGGUCUGCUAGGGGCCUGUCUACACUGUGUCUGACAGAAGCCUCCCAUAUAGUCAUUCAAGGAUGGAUCCAAGUGCUCAGGCAGGCUUGUGUCUGUAUGGCUAGACCAGGCUCGUACUCACACAUGCUGCUAUUUCUGGCAACCCAGUGCUUGUCUGUUUUCCCAGCUGCAGUGUAGACUGUCACAGAAAAACUAAUACUUAGGGCCUGCAGCUUAGCAGGCUAGGAUGAAAGUUCCCAUCUUUGAA